AUGGCCCUGAUUGGGAGUACGGUGAUCCUGGUGAGCUCGUCCAUUAACGAGCGGGACCAGUUGCUGUUCAUCAGUACAGACGAGGGCUCCUCUUUCCAGCGUCAGCCCCUCUCCUUCACUGCUGAGACCCUCCUCUUCCACCCUAAGGAGGAGGACAAGGUGCUGGCUUACUGCAAGGAGGGCAAGCUCUAUGUGUCCAUGGAUUUGGGCCGGAAGUGGACUCUAAUGCAGGAACGAGUAACCAAGGGCAGAAUAUUCUGGUCUGUGGCUGAUGUAGAUGUGGACCCUGACUUGGUGCAUAUGGAGAUGCAGGACACAAGUGGAGGGUACCUGUAUGUCACCUGUCUGAUCCAGAACUGCUCAGACAAGACCGUAACAGCUCAGUUCCUGGGGAAGAUUGACCACAACUCUCUCUCAGUCCAGGACGACUACAUAUUUGUCAAGGUGACCACAGGAAACCGCACCAAGCACUACGUCUCAUACCGACGGAACGAGUUUGUCCAGAUGAGUUUCCCUAAAUACGCCCUACCAAAGGACGUCCACAUAGUGAGUACGGAUGAGAGCCAGGUGUUCCUGGCCCUGCAGGAGUGGUACCAGACAGACAGCUACAACCUGUACCAGUCGGACCCGCAGGGCGUCUACUACUCCAUCGUGCUGGAGAACGUCCGCAGCGCCAAGCAGCCGGAGGAGAGCGUCCUUAUAGACAUACUGGAGGUGCGCGGGAUCAAGGGGGUCUUCCUGGCCAAUCAGAAGGUGGAUGGCAAAGUGCGGACUCUCAUCACCUAUAACAAAGGCCGAGACUGGGAACCGCUAGCCCCGCCUACUACUGACAUGAACGGCAAACCGGUCAACUGCAAAUCACCUGACUGUCACCUCCACCUCCACCUGCGCUGGGCUGACAACCCCUACGUAUCAGGGACCGUCCACACCAAAGACUCCGCCCCCGGACUCAUCAUGGGCGCAGGUAACUUGGGUUCCCAGCUGGUGGAGUAUAAAGAAGAGAUGUACAUCACCUCUGACUGUGGGAAGACCUGGAGGCAGGUGUUUGAGGAGGAGCAUCACAUCCUGUACCUGGACCAUGGAGGGGUCAUCGUUGCCAUCAAAGACACCUCCAUCCCUCUCAAAAUACUCAAGUUCAGUAUUGAUGAGGGACGCACCUGGACCAUCCACACCUUCACAAGCACCUCAGUGUUCGUGGACGGACUUUUGAGCGAGCCGGGAGAUGAGACGUUGGUCAUGACGGUGUUCGGUCACAUCAGCUAUCGGUCAGACUAGCUGGUCAAGGUGGACUUCAGACAGUCAUUCCCCAGACAGUGUACAGAGGGAGACUACGACUCCUGGAAACUCACAGAUCUGCAGGGAGAGAAGUGCAUCAUGGGUCAGGAGAGGAGUUUCAGGAAGAGGAAGGACACUGCGUUCUGUAUCAAGGGGAGGAGCUACACCUCCGCCCUGACUACCAAGCCCUGCCAGUGCUCCGAGAAAGACUUCAACUG